AUGGGCUCUCCUAUCAGCACAAUUUCCCACCAGAAAAAUGAGAGAAGAUCUCAAAAACUAAAUCUCGUCAAGACUGUCGGUGCUAUCGGCGGCUAUCUCCAGGGCGGAGGCCAUGGCCCUGCCAGUCACGAAUUCGGACUCGGAGCCGAUCAAGUUCUCGAAUACCAAAUCGUGCUCGCGUUGGGUGAGCAUGUCACCGCCAACGCCUGUCAGCACAAAGACCUCUUCAUUGCCCUGCGCGGCGGAGGAGGUGGCACCUACGGCAUCGUGACCUCGGCCACGGUCAAAGCAUUCCCUGAACGCCCGGCCCUUGGGCACGUCUUGGACAUCGACGCUCUCAAUGCCCGUGGCACCGCCCAACUGCUCAACGCAACUGCAAACGUAAUGGCCAGUGUUCCCGCCCUCGUAGACGAAGGCUUCUCAGGCACGGCCGUUCUCCUGAAAAAGGAAUGGGAAAAUGCGGUGAACAAGGCCAAGGACACCAUGAACCACCACGUUGUCAAUGAUUUAAUUCGCUACAACGGCAGUUCCCUCUUUAUCAUCUCCAAGUUUCAAGUCUGGGAUUCGUUCUUCGCGUGGUCCAUGAUGACAUCGUGGUUCAUCGACAAGCACUCUCCGGUCUCCAAAAAGGACAAGCUGCCGAAUCUGCUGAAGAACAUCACCUUGGAUCACGACACUCAUGGUGAACAGAUCGUGUCCCAGUAUGCCCUCUUGUUGAACCUUGUCGCGCGCGGAAAGGUACUGGAACCCCAGCCGAUGACGGCGGUCAACCCCUCGUGGCGCAAGACCUAUCUGGUUGCGCAGCAGACGGAUAUGUGGCCCGAUAAUGCAGGGUACGAGGAGAUUCAUCGCUUCCAGAACGAGGUCAUGGCCAAGAAGUUGAAGGCCUUGAAGGAGUUCGCUCCGGACAUGGGGACCUACGGCAAUGAGGCAGACCCCUAUGAUCCGGAUUGGAAAGAGGAUUGGUGGGGAGACAAGUACCACUACCUCCAGUCAGUCAAGAAGAAGUAUGACCCCGAGGAUGUGUUUUGGUGCUGGCGAUGUGUUGGAAAUGACGCCUGGGCGGAGAUCACCGGAGGGGCUGUCUAUGGGCGUUUGUGUCAGACGAAAUUAUCGGACUGA